GACUUUGUUCGUUAGCUCCCGCCUCUACCUUCGAAGCGACGAAGCUCUUUUUUUUCUCUCUUCUUUCGGAGAGAUCGUUCUCUGAUUCUUCUGGAGAUCAGAGACAGUGAUGGCGAUUCUGUAUGCGGUGGUGGCUCGGGGGACGGUGGUGCUGGCGGAGUUUAGCGCCGUGACGGGGAACCCAGGGGCGGUGGCGAGGCGGAUCCUCGAGAAGAUUCCGUCUCAGGCCGAAUCCAGGCUCUGCUUCUCUCAGGAAACCUACAUCUUCCACAUACUUCGAUCCGAUGGCCUCACCUUCCUCUGCAUGGCCAACAACACCUUCGGCAGGAGGAUCCCUUUUUCUUACUUGGAGGAUAUUCACAUGAGAUUCAUGAAAAACUAUGGCAGAGUGGCCAACUAUGCACCUGCUUAUGCAAUGAAUGAUGAGUUCUCAAGAGUCUUGCAUCAGCAAAUGGAAUUUUUCUCUAGUAAUCCUAGUGCAGAUACUCUUGACCGUGUAAGAGGUGAAGUUAGUGAGAUUCGUACUAUCAUGGUGGAAAACAUAGAGAAGAUACUGGAGAGAGGUGACAGGAUUGAACUUCUUGUUGACAAAACUUCAACAAUGCAAGAUGGUGCAUUUCACUUCAAGAAACAGUCCAAGCGCCUCCGUCAAGCUAUUUGUAUGAAAAAUGCUAAGCUCGUGGCACUGUUGACAUUCUUGAUUGUUGUAUUGCUGUACAUAAUAAUUGCUGCUUGCUGUGGAGGCAUCACUCUACCUUCUUGCAGAUCUUGAUUUCCAUUCUUGCUGUGUCUAAAUUCAGCUGAGCUUCCUUGGAGAAGAUCCUGACCAUGGGCAACCUAUUGGAAAUUCCGGAUCAUCAUAAUUGACCGGCACUGCAUGUGUAGAAAAAGUGGUGAUAUCAUGAAUCAUGAGCUACUUUAUUGUGAGAUUGCCAGGCCUUGUGGGAUGAUUUCUUCAGUGGAGUUGUGUUAGCAUGGGUUCCUGGGAGAGUGGCUGAUCUUCUUAGUAGAU